GGGAGGAGGAAAACUGAAGGCUGAGGCAGGACUGACUGAAGUCCAGAAGAUGAGUGUUUGUGUGGAGGAAGAAGAGGACAGAGCAGAGUGUCCAGGAUCCAGCUGUCUGUCUAUGAAGAGUGAUGAAUCCAGAGAGUUAAAUCCACCAGACUUCAGUAAUGAACCUGGACCCUCAGACACAAAAGGUCAGGACCACAGACUGAGAGCAGAGUCUCCAGGAUCCAGCUGUCUGUCUGUGAAGAGUGACUGGUCCAAAGAGUUUAAUCCUUCAGACUUCAGUCAUGAACCUGGACCCUCAGACACAAAAUUUUCAGCAGAUAGUGGUCUGCAGGAGGUUUUAGAUGAACAUAAGAUCAGUCUGAGGAGGAGAUGUGGACGUGUGACUGAAGGAACUGAUGGAACAGGAAGUGAAACCCUCCUCAACAGGAUCUACACCCAGCUCUACAUUACAGAGGGACAGAGUGAAGAGGUUAAUACCCAACAUGAGGUGAGGCAGCUGGAGAAAGCUUCCAAGAUGGAAACCCUCCAUGACACUCCAAUCAAGUGCCACGACAUCUUUAAAGCCUUACCUGAGCAACAAAGACGCAUCAGAGUCGUUCUGACGAACGGCGUCGCUGGCGUUGGAAAAACCUUCUCAGUGCAGAAGUUCACUCUGGACUGGGCAGAGGGCUUUGAAAACCAAGACAUCAGUCUGCUGGUUUUGCUUUCAUUCAGGGAGCUGAACUUGAUCAAAGAGAAGAAGUACAGUCUUCUCAUGCUGCUCCACGUUUUCCAUCCAAGAUUAAAGAAGGUCACAGCAGAGAAGCUCGCUGUCUGUAAAGUGUUGUUCAUCUUUGACGGCCUGGAUGAAAGCAGACUUUCACUGGAUUUCAGAAACAGGGAGGUCGUGUCUGAUGUCUCACAGAAGUCAUCUGUCAACGUGCUGCUGAUAAACCUCAUCCAGGGGAAUCUGCUUCCCUCGGCUCUGGUCUGGAUAACUUCCCGACCUGCGGCAGCCAAUCAGAUCCCUCCUGCAUGUGUUGACAGGGUAACAGAAGUACGAGGCUUCACUGACGCCCAGAAGGAGGAGUACUUCAGGAGGAGAUCCAGUGAUGAAGAGCUAUCCAGAAGAAUCAUCACCCACAUCAAGACAUCCAGGAGCCUCCACAUCAUGUGUCAGAUCCCAGUCUUCUGCUGGAUCUCUGCUACAGUUCUGGAGCACAUGUUGACCACAGAGCAGAGAGGAGAGCUGCCCAAGACCCUGACUGACCUGUACUCACACUUCCUGCUGGUUCAGACAAAGAGGAAGAAGCACAAGUAUAAUGAGGGACAUGAGACGAGUCCACAGGAGCUGACAAAGGCUGACAGGGAAGUUCUUCUGAAGCUGGGGAGGCUGGCGUUUGAACAUCUGGAGAAAGGAAACAUCAUGUUCUACCAAGAAGACCUGGAGCAGUGUGGUCUUGAUGUCACAGAGGCUUUGGUUUACUCAGGAGUUUGUACAGAGAUCUUUAAACGAGAGAGUGUGAUCUUCCAGAAAACAGUCUACUGCUUUGUUCAUCUGAGCAUUCAGGAGUUUCUGGCUGCAGUCUACAUGCUCCACUGUUACACAGAGAGGAAGACAAGGGAGCUGAGGACUUUCCUGGGACAAGAUGGCAAACACUGGGUCUCAAAAUCUUUUAUCAGGAAAACUUUAAAGCAUUUUAGAAACAAUCAAAGCAGCUACCCAUCACUCGAUGUCCUCCUGAGUGAUGCCAUGGAGAAAUCCCUCCAAAGUAAAAAUGGCCACCUGGACCUGUUUGUUCGCUUCCUUCAUGGCCUGUCUCUGGAGUCCAACCAGAGACUCUUAGGAGGCCUUCUGGGUCAGACAGAGAACAGACCAGAAAUCAUCCAGAGAGCCAUCAACAACCUGAAGGAGAUGAACAGAGAUGAUAUCUCUCCUGACAGAAGCAUCAACAUCUUCCACUGUCUGAUGGAGAUGAAUGACCGCUCAGUACAUCAGGAGAUCCAAGAGUUCCUGAAGUCAGAGAACAGAUCAGAGAAGAGACUCUCUGAGAUCCACUGUUCAGCUCUGGCCUACGUUCUGCAGAUGUCAGAGGAGGUUCUGGAUGAGUUGGACCUGAAGAAGUACAACACAUCAGAGGAGGGACGACGGAGACUGAUCCCAGCUGUGGGGAACUGCAGAAAGGCUCUGUAA